GGACCACAUCGGAAUGCAAGACUGUAUGGAGGGUCAGUUUCACCCCCAAAUGCCAGCCAUGAUAGAGAAGGGCCCAGAGGUCUCAGGGAAAAGAAGAGGCAGGAAUAAUAACGCCACUGCCGCCACCAGCGCCAACAAUAAUGGGAAUAAUAAAAGUUUGGCAGCAGCAGCACCCAAUGGAAAUAGCAGCGGCAACUCCUGGGAGGAAGGCAGCUCUGGCUCCUCUAGUGAUGAAGAGCAUGCAGGAGGCGGCAUGAGAGUUGGAGCCCAGUACCAAGCCGUGGUUCCUGAUUUUGAUCCGGCCAAACUUGCAAGACGCUGUCAGGAGAGAGAGAACCUUGGCAUGCUGGUCUGGUCACCUAAUCAGAAUCUGUCCGAGGCAAAAUUGGAUGAAUACAUUGCCAUUGCUAAAGAGAAACAUGGAUACAACAUGGAACAGGCCCUUGGAAUGCUCUUUUGGCACAAGCAUAAUAUUGAGAAAUCCUUGGCGGAUUUGCCCAACUUUACUCCAUUCCCAGAUGAGUGGACAGUGGAAGACAAGGUCUUGUUCGAACAGGCCUUUAGUUUCCAUGGGAAAACAUUUCAUAGAAUUCAGCAGAUGCUUCCUGACAAAUCGAUAGCCAGUUUGGUGAAAUUUUACUAUUCCUGGAAAAAGACAAGGACUAAAACCAGCGUGAUGGACCGCCAUGCUCGUAAACAAAAAAGGGAACGGGAAGAAAGUGAGGAUGAAAUGGAGGAAACAAAUGGAACUAACCCUGUUGAUAUUGAAGUUGAACAAAACAAGGAGAGCAAAAAAGAGGUGCCGCCACCUGAGACGAUGCCUCCGGUGAAGAAGGAGAAGCACAGUACACAGGCUAAAAACAGGGCGAAGAGGAAACCUCCCAAAGGAAUGUUCCUUUCUCAAGAGGACGUGGAGGCAGUUUCUGCCAAUGCCACUGCUGCUACCACUGUGCUCAGACAACUGGACAUGGAAUUGGUCUCAAUCAAGCGACAGAUUCAAAAUAUCAAGCAGACAAAUAGCGCUCUCAAAGAAAAACUUGAAGGUGGAAUAGAACAAUACAGACUUCCAGAGGUCGUUCAGAAAUUUAAUGCACGUUGGACCACAGAUGAGCAGCUUCUUGCUGUGCAAGCAAUCAGGAAGUAUGGUAGAGAUUUCCAGGCAAUCUCUGAUGUGAUUGGAAAUAAAUCCGUGGUGCAAGUGAAACAUUUUUUUGUAAGUUACCGGCGUCGUUUCAACAUAGAUGAAGUUCUACAGGAGUGGGAAGCAGAACAUGGCAAAGAGGAGACAAAUGGACCUAGUAACCAAAAGCCCGUAAAAUCGCCUGACAAUUCCACUAAAAUGUCAGAAGAGGAAAAUGAGGCUACUUCUGUUCUUGAUGUCAGAUAUGCAUCUGCUUCAUGAGAAGCUCGUGUAGCCUAGAACAAUUUGUGUUUGACUACUGUGUUUUCCAGGAUAUCAGGUAUUAGCAAACCUCAGACAGCCAUCUGCAUCAGAUCUAUGUGGACAAGCAGCUAUUACCAAAAAAAGGCAAACGCUUCCAGUCCUGUGCUACAUCUGCCUUAAUUUUUCCUCACUCCUCCAUACUGCCUCGACUUUCUUUCAAAAGCUCCCAGAUAGCGCUCCAUUUCAUCAAUAUCCUGCUUAAGCACAGGGACUUCUAGAACCAGUUACACCUGUGGGUAAAAUCUGGCAAGUCUGCACAGCAAGGAACUCCGGUGUUAGCAGCCCCACACUAACGCUACACAGUAGGAGCUCUUAUAAUACUUGGUCCUCUCCAUAGGGUAUAAGUACGUAUUGCUGCAUGGCCUUGUGAUCUCUGCUUCCUGUAUAAAGUAAUUAUUAUUCUUACAAUGACACUAUUAUUAGUGAGCUUUCUAUAAAGGAGAGGCUUAUGCACAUGCCAAUGGCAUCAUACUUACUCUGCAAUUACAGGGCAUGUUAGCAAGCGUUCUUAAAUAAUGCAAAGUGAUGUGAAAGGUUAUUCUUAAGGUUGGGGUCUGUCUACAGUUGUAACUCAUUACACUUCUGGUUUGUGCAAUGCUUUCUUUCCGCUGUAUUUGUACGUGUUCUUGCUUCGUAGAAAGCUCACUAACUGGUUGAGCGUUUUAUUCCUGGAUAUUUUUAAUGGCUUUUAUUUAGUGUAAAAGGGAAUACAUAACCUGAAAUCUGUCAGAUACAAUAUAUAAACCAUGGCAUUCGGCAUUCACAUUGUAACUUUUUAAGUGAGUGCCACACAACUUCCUUUUUCCUGACUCUCCGUGGGAUUAAGUCAAAACAACUUUAGCUGGUGCUUCUCACUUUUUUUCCCACCCUUAAAUUAGGCUACUAUACAGUCACUUUAUUCCAGUGUCGUCGUCGUCGUCCUCUUGAGAGCACUGAGGUUGCCAAAGCCACCAAAUUGCUCAUCUCAGUGGAAGGGUGGGGAAGUGUUGACGUGAAAGUGCAACCCUAAAAUGUAGAUUUUAGUCUUGGAGGAGACCUUGUGUGGAGGAGGACAAGGACCAUCUCGUUGCCCUCAGUUCUGUAUUGUUCCCACUUUGUCACUCUGAUCCCCUUUCUCAAUCCUGUACAGGACCUGGAAGUGAUCUGAUUGAUCUAGUGCAAUGCUUCUGAACAACCGGUCCACGGACUGGUGCCGGACCGUGGCAGCCUCCUUGCCGGUCCCUGAGAUUUCUCUGACACAGUUUAGGAAGGUAGCAAGCUGGUACCUGGUAUCAAAAAGGUUGAGAAACAACUGAUCUAGUGCGCCAAGAAUAAUGCCCUGGGAAGAUGCAACUGGUUUCCCUGUAUCAUUGCAAGUUUGACCCAGUUUGGUUUUGGAAGCAAUUUCAAUCCCUCUAAAGCAGAAGUUCCCAAGCUCUGGUACGUGUACCACUAUUGGUAUAUCCGCUUGAUGUUCCAUCCAUUCACUUAAGGUUUGGUUUGGUUUUGUUUAAGAUGAUGAUAUGUGAACCAGUGAAGUUCCGAAGCUGCUGCUCUAAAGCACGCAUCACUUUUGUUUUCAGAACCAAUAUAUGCAAUUAAAAGGGGAAGAGGCUCACCCCAAAAUUUUCCUUCGCUCCCCUGUAGCCACCCCUCCCAGUGCAAAGAUGAAACCUUAUACAGGUACUUCUGUUGCUGGUAGCAGCCCUGCCUUCAGAGCUGGGCUCCCAGCUAGCAGCCACUGUUCUCUAGCCACCCAGCUCUGAGGGCAGCACCGCUGCCAGCAACAGCACAGAAAUAAGCCUAGGCAGGGGUUUGGGGUGCCUGAGCGCAGCCUUGGCCUGUGUUCCCGCCUGCUGGGGUGAGCUGCCCAGGGCAGGUGGUGGAUCCAGGACUCCCCGUGGCCUGGGCUGGCCCGUUCCAGCCCGGGCUCCUGGGGCCCCUCGCACUCACUGCUCCCCAAGGGCUCUGUUGGCCCUAGAGCUGAGUCCCCCUGCCUUACAGGCUAUGAGCAAUGAAAGGGCAGUGGGGAGCUGAGGAGGAGCUGCAGCCCUGGGGCCUUGAGCAGCAGCAAGAGAUGCGGGAGAGCUGUGGCCACCCACACUGUGACACCAGCCAGCGCAGCAGCUGCCCCGCGUUGCCCAGCUCAGGCUUCCAGCUUGGCCAGGGGGUGGGGCUUUGUGGGGAAGAGGUGGGGCCAGCAUUUAACUGAGGAGGAGCAGGGAGUGGGGCCAUAGAGAAGGGUGGGGUCUUGUGGUGAGGGGGGCAUAGCCCCCCAAUUUUCUGUCUACCCCACCUCAGUGCUCUCCCCCAGCCCCCCGAGAAGAGGUUGGUGCGGUGUGAGCAGCCACAUUGCAAAGCCAUACCUGAGUUACUGUGGCCUAGCUGAUGCUGUACUCCCCCACGGGUCACUAGGGCUUCUGGGGGCAUAUCCCACAACUACUUGCACUGCAGUAAGCUGAGCUGCUCUGAUUCUUUCCCACUGAAUUGUGGGAGAACUUGUCUAUCCUCCUGGGCACCCAGGAGAAUGGUGGGAAGGCACUGGAGGACUAUCAGCAUGUGACUGGUUAGCCUCUAUCCUAGGGGUGGGCAAACUUUUUGGCCUGAGGGCCACAUCGGAUUUCAGAAAUUGUAUGGAGGGCCUGUUAGGGGAGGCUGUGCCCCCGCCCCCAUCUGCCCCCCCCCCUUGCUUCUUGCUCCCCGAUGGCCCUCGCCCCCCCCCCCGGACUCCUGCCCCAUUCAGCCCCCCUUGUUUUCUGAUGGCGCCUCCCCCCCCCCCAGACUCCUGCCCCAUCCAGCCCCCCUCUCCCUCUGCUCCCUGUCCCCUGAUCGCCCCUGGAACCCCUGACCCUCACUGCCCUAUCCAACCCCCCUCCUUCCUGACUGCCCACCCGGGACCCCUGACCACCACCCCAAACUCCCUUGCCCUCUAUCCAACCUCCCUGUCCCCUUACCACACAGCACAGAGCACCGGAGGCUGGCAGCGCUACAGCCAUGCCGCCCAGAGUGUGGCGCUGGUGUAGUGUAGUAAAUUGCUCUCCGUAACCGCUACCAGUAGCACAUUCCUACACGGAGCAGUUUAAUACACUGCACCGGCAGCAUGGCUCGCUGAGGCUGCGGGGGAGGGGCUGGGGGCAACCCUCCCGGGCCGGGAGCUCAGGAGCUGGGCAGGAGGGUCCCGCGGGCCGUAGUUUGCCCACCUCUACUGUAUCCUAGUUGCAGAGUCCUAGCAACACCCAGACGUGAGUGCAGCACCAGCGAGGACAGGGCACUUGGGAAUAGCUUUGUGGUGUGGCUGCUCACUCUCAGGUCAAGCUAACUUGGAUGCUGAUCAUCUAAGUUACCAGGUGAAAGUUGCACCUGUGCUCUAACCCUCAGCCAGACCAGCUUGCCUGGGAUUAAAGCAUCACUAAAUUCAGAUGAGAGUUUUGUUUGUGGGUGACAGUGGGGUUGGGGACAAUACAAAAGCCCAAGUUACUCUGCAGUGGAGAGUAUAUCCUGGAUGAGUAUACAGAAAGCCUGGAACCAAAGCUCUGACAGGUGUGAACUGCCUCAUUCCUCUCAGCGAGUGUUAACUCAGCUGCCCAAUAAUUAAUUUUGUUUCUUAUUGAGGCCUCGUGUAAACCAAGUUAUACCAGUUUAAAUCAGUUUAAAAAUCACACCUUUAUUUAAACUGGUGCAAAAGGCGGUGUGAGCACUCCCUGAUUUCUGUUCAAAUCGGUUCAUCUUAAAUCAAUUAGAAAUAGGUUUAAACUAAACAAAAAUAAGAGCUUUCUGCACUGGUAUAAUUAAACAGGUUUUAAAAAAAAAACAACUAAAAUUAAACCAAUGCAACUCCCUUACGUAGACAAGGCCUAAGAAAGAGGAUGGGUGAGAAGAUUUCUUGGUUUUGGUGUAUUUGGAAGAGUGCCACCACUUUUGAUUUUUGUGGGGUUAGGGGAGGGAAGGCAUCAAGGAGAUCUAGGGGAGUGCAUGGUUGCAUUUUGAACAUCUGUGCAAUCUACUGUGAGCAGCUUGAUUUUUGGCACCUCAUGUAAGCUGAGCUUUUCCUGUGAUUAGAGGUCUGAAGAGUGCUGCCAUCUCCCCUCCCAGUUUGACCCCUUUGACUCCUUAAAGUGACACCACUUUUUGACAGCACAGUGGUGAUAUUUUAUGCAGACUUGUAGCUCUGUCAUUGGACCUGCAAAAGUUAGGAAUAAUGGGAAGUCCCCUUCUUGUAAAACUUGGAAAAUAGCUGAUAGCCAUUGUGAAUUACAACUGCAAAUUUGCAAACUGUGCCAUGCGUUCAGCCACAGUCUAUUGUGUAAAGGAUCCAGGCACUCAGGCCUAGCCUACACUAGAAAGGGUUUCCAUAUAGCUAUACCAGCAAAUCCUCCUAGUGUAGACUCAGCUUAUACUGGCAAAAGCACAUUUUUACUGGUUUAGCUUCAUACCAAACAAAAUAAACUAUUCUGGCAAAAGCACUUUUAUACCAUUAUAACUGUGUCAUCACUGGGCCAUGUGCCUAUAUAAAAAUGUCAUUUAAAAAAAAUCAUGCCCCUAACCGAUGUUAUACCAACAAACGUUUGUCGUGUAGACCUUGCCCAAGUGUCUCCUGUAGAGUUGGUCUUGCGCGAUCACCUCCCACUUCCCACCAAGUCUGGCAAACUUAUGAUCAGAAAAGUUUUGUUUUUGGCUUUCUCCCCAAUGGAAAAUAGCAUGUAUAAUUCAUUUGAUAUCAGGAAGAAAAAAGUUGUCUAAUUAUUUUUUUGGAGGACUGCUAUCUUAUUGUCGUCUUAUACUUACAAUAUAGCCCUGUAUUUUUAACUUUGUUUCAUUAUUCUCUUACCUAUUAUGUUUUUAAAUGCAAGAAAUCAUUUUAGCUCUGAAAGUUUAAAUGGUUUGGUCUUGUUUUAUAUGAAGACCUUUUUUUUUUAAAUGGAUCAAGCAUUAGAUUCAUCAACUGGUUGCAUUCUGAUUAGAAGGGUCCACAAAGAUUACUGCAUAAGAUGUAAUAUUCACUUAAAUUUUGUUUUCUUAAACUAUCAAUGUGAAUGUUAUAAUUAUAUAUAUUUUGUGGAAUAUGGGAAUUUACUUCUCCUAAGUAUAAGUUAUUGUGCAAAAAUAUGGUAUCGUUAAAGCAAAUGAUAGUUUAACUUUUAGUUUUAGAAAUCUUAAAGAUAUAAGUGUAUUACAUAUGCAUAAACAAAUUACAUUUGUUCUAUUUAAUUUUUAUGUAGCUGUGUAAAGUGCUAGGUAACUUUUUUCACUUACCCAUUAAAACACCUUGUUACUUGAAUAUUGUGUUUAACUGGUCUGAAACACAGUGAUCAAUUUUUGUAAUAUAAUCUUUAUAACCAAGGGAAAAAAUACAUGCCUCAGUUGUGCUUAACAGUAUAGCAAAAAUGUACAAUCAGACGCUUAAGUCCAUAGUAGCCAUAACCGGUAAUGCAGCCACAACAUUUGUGUCUUGAUAUAUUUAAUACCAGUGGGGAUAACAACUGAUUCUUAAUGUUUUUUUUACAAGUUUGCAACCAGGAAGACCCCUGGAUUCUGAAUAAAAAGCAUCAUUUUUUAAAAAGCUAAUACAAGAAUGAAACUUUUUUUCUUAAAGUGAUGUCCUGACAAACGUUUUUCUUUCCAGGACAAACACAUCUGAAACAUUGCUUACUAAAAUAUGCUCAUUGUCACUUUAAAUUUAAACUUGACCCAUUUUAGUUUUUGCCUCCUCCCCCCCAAAAUUUCCAGUAUACUGUUGGUAUUCAUGCACACCAAAUAUGAGCCAAACUGUGCAUUACGCUAUCUUGAUCACUGGAUUUGUGAGCUUAAGGACUUCGAAAAACUCCAGAUCAAUGAACUGCAAAAAUGUCACAAGAUGUGGCUUUUCUGAUAUAUAUUUAAGUCUGUAUAGAACAUCUCAUAGCCCAUUCAAAAUUGAGUGGCCUGAUAGUCACUUUUUUAAAAAAAAUUGCAUUUUUAUUAGCUCCAGCUUGCCUUUAGCAAGUCAAAAUCUAGUGAUCGUUUGCAAUGCCCUGAAGCAAAUACACUUUCUGCCACUCCCUGGAUUAAUAGUGGAUAGUAAAGCACAAUUGCAGUGAAAGUUACCAUUCAGAAGAUGGAAGGUCAGUAUAGUCUAUGCAUGUUGUAUAAUAAUGAGUGUUUACAUUCAUAUUCUCCUAAAAAUUAAAUUUAUACUGGAGUGUAUAGUAUUCCAUUAUGUAGAUUUUAUCAAUUUUGUUAACUGCUUAUAGAUUACUUAAAAGAAUUUUUUCAAAAUUUAAAAGAUGUAUAAGGUUAAGUUUGCAAAUAUAAUGGAAAUGCUGUAUAGCUUUGGAAGUGAUCAAAUACUCGUUGGGGUUUUGAAGAAAGUAUGUUGUAAUAAUGCUGUUGUAAGUAAUAUUUUAAUGUCUUUUUUGCCUGUUUUCUAUUAUUCAGCACACUUACUGUGAUGAAUGUUCAUAGCAUUAUAAAAUUGCUUAACCACUGAAAAGCAACAUUUGUUUUUGAAUUAUCAUUUUACUGUAAGAGGAAUUAUAAUGGGGUUUGAAAAUUCAUUUGUGAAAUUCUACACAAUUCAUUUUUCUAUGAUUUCCAAUGUUUGCUGACAUCAAAUAAAAUUUUUCAAGCCAUUGAUGUAAUAAAA